AUAGAAGAUGGGGACGAGGAAAUAGAGGUGGCCAUUUUCACAGCUUUCACGGACCCGUUCCGUCUGAAACAGCCGACACGAAGAGAAGAAAUGUUGCAGUUAAAUGUAAUUGAAUUUAAAAUUUCAACAUGGACGCCCAUGGACGCCCUCGAUCAUCGAAAGAAGAAUUCACGUUUGGUGUACUUUUUCUCGACAUAUUUAAAUCUCGGGUGCAAUAAAUUCAUGGCCAAGUGGCCAGCGUAUCUUGGAACCUGCGGUGGUAAACACUAUGUGCGUGCAAGAAUGACCGCCUGCCUUGUGCAGCUCUCGAUUAAUCUUGAUCGUGACAAGGAAAAAAUUUUUCGCAUCGAAUGGUGGUCCUUGGUAUUUGUAGUGAAUGCAGCCGAGCCACCUCGCUGGUGUACAACCGUUCCGCUGGAGUCUCUAGCUGUUCCAGCAAGCAUACUACCGCAUCAUCACCUCUUCACCGGAGUUUUCGAUUCCGAAGUGAGCACAAACUGUUGA